AUGGCCUCUGCAGGACCUGAACACACUAGUCCGGGCCCCACACAGGAGAAGAGUGUCCGGGUUGAGUCUGGCACCCUUCCGGCAAGGAAUGCUCAGCUGCGCUGGGCCUGGCACCUCACUCAGCAGCAGGCAAAACCCAUCUGGAAUUUAGAGAGGACGCAUGUGAGUGCUUUCCACAGCCUGCUGCCCUCCGGGAUCCCUCUGCAGCAGUCCUGCUUCUUGUGCUCACCGUCACUAUGCCACGCAUGCCCCAGUGAAGAUGCCCUCCUGAGCCUGGCCUCAGCCCAGCCCUGCCCAGACCCAGGCAGGAGCACUCUGUUCUACCGACACUCCUGCCUCAGACCCAAACCCUAUGGGCUUCCUUUCCAAAGCCCUCUGAACACUGGCUCUGCCACAGGAAGGGUGAUGUCUUCCUUGCUGACAGAACCCUGCCUGCCACCUGUGCUGGCAGAGGAGCGCUCUGAGACCGGGGUCAAAGGCUCUGCCCUGAGCUCAGGUCAGCAGGCUUCCAGAUUCUAUAGACCAGUGCUCAAUAACAACUCCUUCCUACGGCCAAGCAGUGCUAAAGUGCCUUUCCCUCAAUCACUGGAGAUCAAUAAGGUGAAAAACACCCACAGCUUCCCCACCACAUGGUCCUGCUCUGAGCAUGGAGACAGCUCCCCCAGUAGCCUGGACAACAGAGCAGUUAAAAGCAGCAACCAUGCAUUGGAGCAAACUGUAGUCCCCUCUGUGACCAUUGUGCCCAGCAGUGCAACCCUCAGGAAGGACCAGUGUUUGCAGGAAGAUGCUGAGAGAACGCACAGCUUAAAAGAAAAUGAGCCAGAGAUCCACAUCAGAGAGGCUGUGCAGCAGCUGCCCGGACAGACUGCCACACGCAGUGGCUUUGCAUGCAGAGUCCAAAGCUCUGCCCUUAUGAACAUGGGCAGCCUGUCCAACUGGAACAGCAGGUGCAGGCAGAACAUCACAGCACAGCUCACCCCAAAAGAAACCAUCGCUCCUUGCAACUUGGAGCCAGGUAGCCACUGCCUUAACAGUAACUCAAGCCUUGCAGGCACCGGUGGAGCCACUGGCUGCACGAAGCAUACCGGGGUCCAUCUCUUGGCCUCGUGCGCCGCUUCUCCCGAGCACAGUGCUGACUGCUGGCGCGUGAGCACUCCGAGCCCGUGCCCCGCGGACAGAGCCGUGAGAGCAGAGCCUCCGCACGUUGCAGCCGUCGCCAAAGUGGCAACUCGGAUGUCCAUGAUCCAGCUGGAGAAAGAGGAGACAUGGGCCCACGCUGUGCUCCCAGGAAAGCUCGAUGUCCCUGCUGAGCAGUCGCCACUGUUGCUGAGCCAUCCCCAGAAUGAAGCAGAGGAAGAACUUCCUGAUGGCCUGGAUGAGAGCAGCAGUCAGGAGGAGGAUGAGGACAGUGACUCGGAUGCUUCCUCUGUCACUGGCAUAUCAUCCAGUGGAUCUGUGGCUCUUGUAUCCAGGAAGUGCAUCGAGUGCCUGGCCCAGCCUGCUGAGGCUCAGGAGAAAGUGCUCAAACCAGCUCUUGUCUCCAGUUUAUUUCCUAAUGUGCCUCCAACUCUCUACUUCAGUACUCGGGAUGAGACAGUGGAAAAGCUGCCUUGGGAACAGAGGAAGCUGCUGCGAUGGAAAAUGUGCACAGUCACACCAAACAUAGUGAAGCAAACCAUUAGCAGAUCCCACUUCAGAAUCAGCAAAAAAAGCAAUGACUGGCUGGGAUACUGGGGCCACCACAUGAAAUCUCCCAGCUUUAGAACCAUCAAGGAGCACCAGAAGUUAAACCACUUCCCUGGGUCAUUUCAAAUUGGGAGAAAGGACCGUCUGUGGCGCAACCUGUUGAAGAUGCAGGCUCGCUGUGGGAAAAAGGAGUUUAACUUCUUCCCCCAGUCCUUCAUCCUGCCCCAGGACAUCAAACUUCUCAAGAAAGCAUGGGAGGAAGGAGCUAGCCACCAGAAAUGGAUUGUGAAACCACCAGCAUCAGCAAGAGGUAUUGGUAUCCAGGUCAUCCACAAAUGGAGCCAGCUCCCCAAAAGGAGACCACUGCUGGUACAGAGGUACCUGCACAAACCCUACCUCAUUGGUGGGAAGAAGUUUGACCUGAGGAUCUACGUUUACGUCACUUGCUAUGAUCCCCUCAGGGUCUACCUGUUCAAGGAUGGAUUGGUUCGCUUUGCUAGCUGCAAGUAUUCCUCCUCGAUCAAGAGCCUCAGCAACAAGUUUGUGCACUUGACCAACUACAGCGUGAACAAGAAGAAUGCGGAGUACAAGUCCAACUCAGAUGAGACUGCUUGUCAGGGACACAAGUGGGCACUCAAAGCUCUCUGGAGUUACCUGACCCAGAAGGGAGUUAAUAGCGAGGCCAUCUGGGAGAAGAUUAAGGACAUCGUUAUCAAAACCAUCAUUGCAUCUGAGCCCUACGUGAACAGCCUGGUGAAGAUGUAUGUGCGGCGCCCAUAUUGUUGCCAUGAGCUGUUUGGGUUUGAUAUCAUGCUGGAUGAAAACCUCAAGCCCUGGAUCUUAGAGGUCAACAUUUCCCCAAGCCUCCACACCAACUCCCUGCUGGAUGUGAACAUCAAGGGCCAGAUGAUCCGGGACCUCCUCAACCUUGCUGGCUUUGUUCUGCCCAGUGCAGACAGCAUGGCCUCAAGGCCACAGACAAGAAGUGACUCUACGUCCAGUAUGGGCAGUGCUUUGAAGGAGAAGCCCAAGCCAAAGUCUGAGCAUUUCAUAGCUGAGAAGAUGAAGAGGGCCUAUUACUUGAUGCAGAAGAUACCUGACCAGGAUUUUUAUUCUUCUGUCUUGGACAUCCUGACCCCGGAUGAUGUUCGCAUCCUGGUGGAGACAGAGGACGAGUAUUCCCGGCGUGGGCAGUUUGAGCGGGUGUUCCCCACCCACAUCUCCAUGCGGUACCUGCGCUUCUUUGAGCAGCCUCGUUACUUCAACAUCCUGGUGACCCAGUGGGAGCUCAGAUACUACUUGAAUAAGCACAAAGGUCUGGAGCUACUGAAGAACUGGUGUGUCAAAGGGUACCACACUGGAGCAGGGAUGGAUUUAGCCCAGAUGUGGUCACUGCCAAAGUCUUUCUUCCUUCAGAAGAGCAAUGUUCAAUCAAAUGGCUUCAGCAAACUGGAAUUGGGCAAUCUGGGCACGCUCCUGUCUUCAGCUGGUGAGGGCCGCAAGAGAUGCCUGGAGCCCAGCUCUACUCAGAAAUUACCUCUCAACAAGUGCACUGGUGGAGCCGACCAGAAACCUGCUGGCUGCCUUUCUGACACCGCCCUGGUGAUGUGA